ACAAUUUAAUCAGAGGGAAGGAAGAUAAGAGAGGGAACGGAUUUAUCUUACAGCGUGUGCUCGGAACUGGUACGAACACACAAAAGAAGGGAAGUUUGCCACGCAAAGCAUUUAUUAAUUUUAUUUUUUUCCAGCUUUGUUGUUAGGAAGGGUCGAUAGCCGGAUGGUCUUUGAUCUGCAGACGGGACGGUAGUGAGAGAUGACAGGAAGGGACCCGAACUCCGACCCUGUGGAGUCAGAGCAGCAGGAGUCGGUGGAGGGAGAGGGGGAACUGCGGGAUAGCAGCAGCAAUGUGAGCCCACUCAGCCGCCAGAAGGAGUCUCUCAACGGGGAGGCGAGUGUGGCUGACGAGGAGUGCAAGCUGCAGGCGGGCUCAGGGGAUGGCGACCAUUGCCCUGAGCAAGCCCCUGAACACCCAGGCAGUGCUCUCCCCCCACCCCCUGGGCCCUUCGUGCCCCCUGAGGGGGGCUGGGGCUGGGUGGUGAUGUUCGCCUCCAUGUGGUGUAACGGCUCGGUGUUUGGCAUCCAGAACGCUUUCGGGCUCCUCUUCCUGUCCCUGCUGGAAAACUUCGGCGACCCGAACGACAAGCAUCUGCGCUUUAAGACCGCAUGGGUAGGUUCAUUGUCCAUGGGAAUGAUCUUCUUCUGCUCUCCCAUCGUGAGCGUUUUUACAGACUUGUAUGGAUGCAGGAAAACUGCAACGGUUGGCGCUGCUGUGGCUUUUAUUGGUCUUGUUGCAAGUUCAUUUGUCAAAUCUCUGGAGCCUAUGUAUUUUACCUAUGGAAUCGUAUUUGGCUGUGGUUCUUCAUUUGCCUACCAACCGUCUCUGGUGAUUCUGGGACACUAUUUCAAGCAGCGCUUGGGACUGGUGAAUGGGAUUGUCACUGCUGGCAGCAGUGUUUUCACAAUCGUUUUGCCCUUGCUCUUGAAACAGUUGCUGCCAAAGAUUGGGCUCAGCCAUACAUUACGAGUCCUCAGUGCCUUUAUGUUUGUGCUCUUUCUGGUUGGAUUUACUUAUAAACCCAUCAUGCCGGGGAACCAACACAGUAACUCGUCAAAGAAAAAAGUGAACAUAAAAAAAAUUUUCAAUGUGAAGAUUUGGAAAUUCCUUGGAUAUCGCAUCUGGGCUUUUGGAAUCCCAACAGCACUCUUUGGAUACUUUGUGCCUUAUGUUCAUCUAAUGAAGUAUGUGGAAGAAACUUUUCAAUUGCAAAAUGAAGAAGUUCUGUUGAUGUGUAUUGGAAUCUCAUCAGGGAUUGGGCGAUUAGUUUUUGGCAGGGUUGCAGACUACUUACCUGGCUCAAAUAAAGUUUUCCUUCAGGUGGUAUCGUUCUUUGUUAUUGGGCUGAUGUCCAUGAUGAUUCCACUGUGUCAAGGCUUUGGUGGUCUCAUUGCAGUCUGCCUUUUCAUGGGUUUAUUUGAUGGAUGCUUCAUCUCAAUCAUGGCCCCAGUUGCCUUUGAACUUGUGGGCUCAGAGAAUGUAUCGCAGGCGAUUGGAUUCCUUCUUGGGUUGAUGUCCAUUCCAAUGACAGCUGGCCCACCAAUUGCAGGUUUUCUGCGGGACUUGCUGGGAACGUACAACCUUGCCUUUUACCUUGCUGGCGUGCCACCAAUGGUUGGAGGAGCAGUCCUGUGCACCAUCCCAUGGAUCCAGUACAGGAAACGCAUGAGACAAAAAAGGCAGAUAAGAUUGGAGGGAGAAACAGCAACAGCCAAGAUACUGGAUCAGUAUUCCAAGAACAUUAUGGUGGCUGGGAGUGGUGAGCCACAGAAAGAAUAUGUAUCCAGUAUUUAAUAUCACGUUCCACUGGACAGACUGAUUGCAAUUUAGGUCUUACAAAUGAAUCUAUUUUAUCAAUGAAUGUUUUUUUUGUUGCAAUGAUCUACAGUAGUUAAGAAGGAUUCCCAAGGGGAAGAAACAGAAAGAUUAAACAAUAGAAGUGAAUUCUGAAUUUACUAGAGAAGGUUUUUCUCGUCACCACGUGCUGCAUUUCACAUAUGUUAAACCAUUUGUUGUAUUCAUUUAUUUUAGUUCAUCUCUCUGAAGUUGGAUUAUUUUCAAUAAUCCAAGCUUAGUUUGUUGUAAUGCCACAGCUGAUCUGGUUGGGCAUUUAGCUUCUUUUGGAAGUACCAAGGAAAGACCAAAAGAAGCUGCAAUAAACACACUUUUCACUUCACUAUUAGAAUAUUUCGGUUAUCCUUCUAUAAGGAUAACCUCUUACAAGGAGCUAAUCUUACCUGGAAGUUGAUUCGAAGUUUUCCAAAUGAAAAUAUUGUCCUAAUGUAGUAUCCCUAACAGUUUACAAAUUUAGAAUGCUAAUUCUGACUGUCCAUGUCAGAAAUAUACAGAGCUUUAAAGUGUUUCCUUACUUCUGAUGCUCUGGGAUGGCCAAACAUUCUUGAUUUUUGUUCUGUUGUCUACUACAAAUCUACAGUCUUCAAAAUACUGCAUACUAAACCCACCCUGUCUCAGCCAUAAAUAAGACAGUGCUGGAGAAACUCAGCAAGUCUGUCCGUUCCAAAGUAAAAUUACAUCGGACUUGAAAUGUUGACUCCAAUUCUCGCUCCACAGACCUGCUGAGCUGCACCAGCUUUCUGUGUUUGUUUUGGAUUUCCUGCUGUAUUUAGCUUACAUUUGACGGUCUCAGUCACGAUGGUAUGUGUAUCUACUAUAGGCGAUGCAUUAUUAAUGAUAGCAACAACAACAUUUGUUUAACGUACUUUUAAAUGUGAUGAGACAUCCCCAGAUGCUGUCCAGAAGCAUUAUCGAACCAAAUAUGGCUGCGUGUCACCUUAAGAGAGAGAUGAUUGUGAACUGUAUGAAAGAGGCAGGUUGUAAAGGAGGAAAGCAAAGUGGGGAGGUUCAGUGAGAGAAUCCCAGAACUGAAGAUACAGCCACAAAUCAUGGAACAAUUAACGGAGAUUGCUGAGAAAGUUCAGCAGGUCUGUCAGCAUCUGGGGAGAGAAACCAGGGGUUAAUGUUUCAGGUCAAGUGACCCUCAGAAUGUGACCUGAAACAUUAACUCUGAUUUUUCUCCACAGAUGCUGCCAGACCUGCUGAGCUUUUCCAACAAUUUUUGGUUUUGUUUCUUGUUUUUGGGGCAUCAGUGGUUCUUUCAGUUUUUAAUGGAGCAAUUAAAAUUGGUUACUCUUGAGAAGCCAGAACUAUAGGAGUGCACAUAUUUUAUGAAAUAUUGGUUUUACGUGAUAGAAAUCAAGGUACACAGGCCUGCAUAAGGUAAACGCCAUAUGUUCUAUAGCUUGAUGUUUCAGAUAAUUUAAAAUUUGCUUGCUAUAUAUCCAGUUCACAGCCAGUUAUCUUGAUUAGACAGUAUUUUUAUUUUGGCUUGUGUGGAGUUUUGUACUGUAAUGUGGAAAUCAGCCUCCUAUUUAUCAUGGGUACUGUGAACAGGAGAGGGUUAUUCUAGAAUGUGAAGUUUGGUGACCGUUCUAUGCCUGCAAUCCAGCAUCGUGCUGUGCAUUAUCGUGUUUCUGACUGAGAUACUGUGGUGCCCCUUUUGGGGCAGGAACUGCAGGUGAGCCACCACUACUGGAAGCCCUUAGAGCUGUAUCUAAUGAACCUGUUCAAUAAUGAGACCAUAGAAAUAUUCUACCUGAGUUAAAAUGAAGUUUUGCAAACAGUCAACACCAUGAGCCAUGAUGAGGUUUCUGCCAGAAUCCCUGUUGUUGAGGGCCAUUUUAAUAUCACUACCAACUUGCAGCAUCAUUUAUGCUUUUGUUGAGCAGUGAGAUGAAUUUCUUGCUAGGGAAUGAAGAGGUGCUAGCAAAAGGGAGAUUAUUACUUGUUAAACGCCUUAUCUAUGGCCCAACUUGCCUCAUUAAUGUGGUUGACUCUGAACUGCCCACGGGCAAUUAGGGAUGGCAAGUAAAUGCAGGCCGAGCCAGAGAUGCCCACAUUUGCCUUCCUAUCUUACCAAAUAUGCCAACCAAAUUAGGCCCUAAAUUCUCGGUGCGGAAUUCAGAGCGAGAACCUGGUGACUUCAGCUGUUGCACUGAACUGCAUCUUGGGCAGGAUGCAUGGGCACCAGCCACAUAUUCUCCUAGUCCACAAAAAAUUUGCAUCCGAUAUUUACCACCUGUUUGUACCCAUCAUGGCACCUCUUUGACAUCAUUGCUGCAGUUUUACGAAGCACAGACCUGCAUCAUAGAGGGCACCAACGUCUUGCAUUGAAAGGCUGCUGCAAGGACCCUUUGUGUACAGGGUCAGGCACUCAGCUGACAGAUUGGACCAGGCUGCAGCUCAGAGCUGCUCACAUUCCCAUCUGACGCUCACUUAUUUUGCCCAUAACUGCAUGCUGACCCCUUCCAUGCCUUGCCUUGCUGUGUCAGUGAGUGCGGUCACUGUACCAGGCAGCUUGCCUCGCUGAUCAGCAGCCCUCCCUCGUGGAGGCCUACGUCUUGCUGUAUGACACUGUGCCACAUCAAUCUCUCACCCUCACCAUGUGUCAGCAGCCGACAUGGCACAUGGACUGAAUGUGCAGCAACCAGGUGGCCAUGUCUCAAACUCUGAAGGAGUAGUCCUCAGGGGAGUCCAUGGAGGUAACCGUCAGUCAAGGGAUCCCAGCAAUCCAUCAAACCUGGUCUCUGAGACCAGUCCAGGGGAUGGGCCAUAGACAAGGUGUCAGGUCAGGGUGUUCUCAGUCGGGGGAGGGGUCUCUGCCUCCCAGUCCCUGUCGGGAAAAUCACGGCACCAUCUGCCCCUUUUCCAACAUGUUCUGACUCCAUCCUUGACCGAGCAAGACAACUUCAGAAUGCCAGUGCUCAUCUGGGUGCCCGGCAGCCUUUUGAAAAUGCCAGGGAAGCUGGUCUUUCUGCAGGUAUACAGUGAGUGGUGAGUUGUUCUGAGAAUAGCUUGUGAUAACAUGGGCGUCGGAUGUGAAAGACACCACAGGAAUGGUGGAGCUAGUUAAUGCAGUAUAAAAUUCAGCCCUUUUUUUGAAAUGGCAAAAUUAUUUUAGAGAAAUACAACCACAUUAAUGCUACGAUGCCAAAAAAUAUUAAGUAGGAACUAAUUACAUUAUCUGUAUUCAAUCCACCGUGUUGUGUAAAAUCAGUUAAAUCAAAGAGUCAAGUGACCUGCUGCUGCUCCUAAAUCCUACAUUCCACUGUAACUUCCUUGAGUGUUUAAUUGUUCAGAAUAAGCUCAGUAUGAAUUAAUGCUCUCAGCAGCAAGUUUGAUCAGAAUCACUGAUGUUGCAUCUGCCCAUGUGCCUCAUCCUCCCCCAUCCCUUUAUGGCUUUACUAAGUAGAUAAAUGUAUUUAAGUCUUGUAAGUAGGCUUCAUGUUAUCGUGAACUUGUUUAUCCAACAUGUUCCAUUGCUAAGCAGUCCUCCUGAGAUUGCUCAAUCUAUAAGACUACCUCAUUUAAUUUUGCCAUGCUGGUUGUAGCAACGUGAAAACUCCCAAAGUUGAAAGGAAUUAAUUCAGUAUUUUUUAAAAAAGUAUUGUUGUGGGAAACAUUUUCUGAGUUUCAUUUAAAAUGUUAAGACAGCAGGUGAGGAAACUGUCUAAUAUUUUUGUCUGGACAGGGCACAGUCUGGAAUAUUAAAAUAGCCAACUGUUCGGUGACUAAACAUUUUUCUCUAUAAUUGCACAAAGAAUGUUUUGAGCAGGAAUGGAAUAUAAACAGAAAGCAAAUGGGUACAAUGGAAACUGACCUCUAAGUGAAAAGGUCACUUAGCAAAAAAAGAUACUAAGUGAAAGUAUUUUAACCGUAGAAUUUAAUACGUUGGGGGAAGAAAGCUUUAAAAGCGUGUAAAGUUGGAUUCCCGUUAGGGUGUUGGAUCAUAUCUGUUUGUCCAACUGAAUUAUAUGCCAGGUGUUUUUCAAAAGUAAUAUUGCCCGAUUUUGCAGUUUCAUCAGUGGUACAGUAACCGUGAUGUGUUAACUUUUUACCCUGUUUCCAAAGUCCAAGUGAUAAUCUUCCAAACAUUGAUGAUUGAAAUACUUUACAUUAUGGAUCACUUAGCACUAAGCAAAAGUCCGAUUCAGAGUUGCAUUUGGCCACACAUUUGCCCCAUAGGAAAUAAGUCCAUUCUGAAUCGAUAGAAGAUGUUACUUGUUCCAAUAAUAAGUACACUGAUGAAAGGAAUGAAAUGGUUUUCUCAGGUUUCUGUAAUGUACUGUUAGGAGAAUUACUUGCCCAAUAUCUUCGAAUUUUAUAAUAUAUAUUAAAUUGUAUAUUUGUUAAAUCCUGCAACCUAAAUUUGUAUCUAAUGUAUUUUUAAUACACAUUUGCUCCCAUGGUGACAGAAUAGAUAGAUUGCCAUCCUCCUGGGAAUAUUGAAACAAUGUUUGGGUAUUUUCUUUUGCCCCCACAGCUGAAGUUUGAAUAUUAAAUCCAUAAUGUUAUAACUAGGCUAACGUUAUAUGUUUAGGGAUGUGGAAUUGUUCGCACACUGAUGUAUUAAUCUAGGCGUUAUCUGAGCCAACAAGUCCCAGUGAAGAACCUUUGUCAUUGUAAGGUAACUUUCAUAUCUCCUUGUCAUUUCAUUGGAUGAAGUCCAUUGACACUAAGCAACAGGUUGCCAGUCAGUUUUUGGCUUGUUUUUGUUUUGAGGAGAUUUCUGAGAUACCAAUUUGUCAAUUCCCAUCUGCUGAAGGAUGUUAAAUCAGGGUGAGAAUUGACAGGGUUUCAUUCCAGUGCAGCAUGGGAAUCUUGUGCUCGGAGUGUUCAGAUUAUGACUAAUCGUGUCACAGUUUUUCUAAGUCUGAACACUGUUACCUCUUAAUCUUAUUACAGCCCAGAAAUGAAGAACAGUGUGGGAAGAAAAGUGAUUACUUUGGAAAUGAAUGUACUGGUCACACUGGGCUACCAAUUCAAACUAUGCAAGACUACUUGGACUAAGUGUCUUUUGGUGCACUGGUAGUGUCCAUACCUCUGAGCCUGGAGGCUUGGGUUUAACUCCUAUCUGCUCAAAACACAUUUGAGCAGGAUGGGUAAAAAUAUCUAUGCCUGUUCUAGUUUUUUUUUCUGAGAGAGUAUUUCGAAGACUGAUCAUUCUAGGUAGAAAACAGUGAAGAGCUACAGAUCUAAGGAAACUGGGCUACACCAAAUUUUUACUUUGUCUUUGACUUUUCCACAACUAUUUCUUUGCACAAUGACAAAAAUUUGUCUAAGAAUUGCAAAAUGAUGUUCGUGUGUGGUAAUUCUGUGCAAUAUAUUUACCCUUUCCAAUUGGUAUGUGAAUCUCAUUCUGAUUAGCCUGAAAGUUAGCUUGAUGUUCAAGUGCUCACAAUUGUUUUUCUUUAAAAUCCCUGAAUUCAGUGCAACUUUUUAAAAAGUUGCAACUGCCAGUUUUAGCUGGCCAAUUCUGUGUAUAGAAAUUUUCUGUCUCCAAUAAUUGGCUGCCAGGUAGGGUCUGACAGAAGGAAAUGCUGUAAGGAUUUUGUGAGACCUACAAGAACUAAAACAGAAGGAGUUCUUGAAAUCUGCUACAUUAGCAGCCAAUAAUAUUAUGUCUGCCCUGAUAUCUGCUAUGUUAGCAGCCAAUAAUAUUAUGCCUGCCCUGAAUGUAGUCUUAACUCCUGCCUAUCCUCCAUAACAUUUGAAUCCUUAGAUCAAAAAUCUUUUCUAACUCAACCUUGAACAUAGUCAAUGGCACAGCCUCCUCUGCUCUCCACAGUAAGAUUAACAACCGCCUGAGUGAAUAGAUUCAUCCUCACUUCUGUCUUUAAAUGGGAAGUCCCUUAUUUUAAAAACUGCACCCCUCUCUAAUUUUAAGAAUGUUUCAGUGAACCUUCUCUGAACAGUUUCCAAUGCAGAUGUAUCCCUCCUUUAUGUAAGGAGACAAAGGCUGGACCAGGUCCAGUCUUAUCAAUGUCCUGUACAACUAUAGGAAGACUCUCCAACUUUUAUGCCAUGUUCCCUUUGCAAUAAGAGGACAAUAUUCCAUUUGCCAUCCUAGCGCAUUGCUGUACCUAUAUACUAUUUGUGAUUCAAUUACAAGGACACUGCAAUCCCUCUGUACUGCAAUAUCCACCAGUCUCCGUCAAUGUAACUAAUUUUCUAUUCUUCCUGCCAGUGGACAGGUGUCCAUUUUGCCACAUAAUACUCCAUUUGACUAUUUGUUUCCUCACUCACUUGACCUAUCUAGUAUCCCUUUGCAAACUCUUUGUCUCUUCACAACAUUUUUGAUCUCACUGUGAUUUGUCAGCAAAUUUGGCUGCAGUUCCCUUCAUCCAAGCUGUUAGUAUAGAUUGGAAAAUAUGUUGCUUUAGAUCUUGCGAUGGGCUGCAUAAUGAUGAUUUUGCUUUUCUCUAAAGACAUUUUUCUUGGCCUAAGGUAUUCUACUCUAUCCCUGACUUGCACCAUUAUGCACAUUUCAUUGACGCCACAUUACUCAGCUUCACUCCUACUUCACUGCAAGCCAUUUUGAAACCCUUGUAAUCGUUUUAGUUUAAGAUUUGUUUUAUGUGCCUACUAUCUUUGAAGUGGAAAAAAAUACAUUUUCUGACUUGUUUUCUUGCUACUGAUGAAAUUUAAUCAUUGUUGUCAAAAUAUUUUACAGUACAAGUCACCCUGCAGACCGCUUAACUUAAUCUUGCUUACAUCAAUUUUACACAGUGCCCUUGAAACUAAAUUGGCAGUUUCGAAAGAACAGCUUGACACCAGCAUCAUGUACCAUCCAACUGCACCCUCCACUCUCACACAACAAAUGGCUGCGUGAGGUUAUAAAUUCUGCUGUUUUUUUUAAUGUGUUUUUUCUUGCUUUGUAUUGUUUCCCUAGUGUGACCUUUACUGCAUUGAACAAUUACCUUAAUUGACACUUCUUUUU